GCUGCAUUGUCUUAGCCAACAGUUAGCUUUCAUCUCUUCGACAAAAAACAACCUUUCAGAAUGUAUCUCCUUGGCGUUUUCCUCCUGCUAGUCGGCACCAACAUCUGCCUGAUUGACGCUAAUUUCGGUAGUGACGAAGGAAAUGACUAUACCUAUGGAACCCAGGCAUCAACCGACACACUAAUAGCUAGUGAAACGAUAACAAAAUCAAAAAGUAUGGGUACUACAACGAAAACGUAUACCCUAACGCAAGCUGGAACUGCCAAGACUAUAUCCUACAUCAAGAUCACGGAUCUAAAGAAAAAGCGAGGCGCUACGGCGGAAAUUACUGCCGGUGGAGUGGGCUCUACCACGGUCACGAUUAAGUUCACCUCAGCUCGGUUUGCUGAUAUCAAGUCUCAAGUGGUCAUAUACGGAGCAGCAUCUUAAUACUAAGUUUUGGGGAAUGAAGUCCAGUCUUUAAAUUAAAAACUUAAAUCAAAUUGUUUGCCAUAAACUUAAAAUGUAAUACCUUCAUCGACUUCACAAUCAUAAAAUACAGUAUUUUAAAUCUUAAA